GCCAGUACACCACGGACUACACCAAACUGCAGCACAAGCGUUUUCUCACGCUCUUGCUGUGCAUUUGGAGAUGUGAGACAGAAAUAUAAUCAAAGUAUUGUAUUCGCAACAUAACAGUAAAAAGGAUUUGGAGAAAGCUUGUGAAGGUGUGAUGGAAAAACCGGCGGAGGAAAGCGUUGAAAAGAGGACGGAUGAAGCUGUGAAGGGUGAAGCUGCCCUCAAACCGCAAUUCCUAACAACCAAAGAAAAAUUUCAUGCGUUUGUAGACUCUGAGUGGCAGGGCUCAAAAGGAGAAAAGGCUAGUGAAAACGACAGAGUUGAGGAGACAAAUGAGACACCUGAGACCAAAAAGCUCAAACUAGACGCAGAUGAGCAGAAUAAGGGCGGCAACCCAGACCGUAAACGUCUUCGGGGACAAAAUAAGUCAAGGCCACACACAAAGCCUACCGCCUAUGAUGAAAAACGACUGUGUCUCUCAGUCCUUCAGGCCAACAGGGAAUGCCCCUUCGGUGACAAAUGCCGCUUUCAUCAUAAUGUAGCCGAGUACUUCGCCACUAAGCCCGCUGACAUCGGGGAAAGCUGCUACCUCUAUGACAUAUUCGGAAAGUGUGCUUAUGGUCUCACCUGCCGCUUCGCCAAGGCUCACACUACACCUGACUUCAAAACCAUGGAGAACGCAGAACUAAUUAAGACCAACGAGGGCAGGAAUGCAGUAAAGAACAGUCUGAGUAAGGACCUCCAGAAUAGUCUGAGGAAGCGUUCGGUGGCCUUCAAGAAGUCAGAAGAGUACCUCAAAACACUUUCAAACUACAAAGACAAAAGAGACCAGCAAGGGAAUGGAGAUCAUCGUGCAGCUGAAGUAUCUGCAGAUCCAGCAGGAGGGGAGCAGCGUGCGUCUACUGAAGCUGAAACACAGGCCAGCCCAGAUAAGCAGCCUCCAGUGAAGACUAUUGGCCCAUUGACUGAUGUAGAUCUCAUCAAGUUGCGCCCAUUUGAAAAGAAACAGGUGGACUUUAAAGACAAGCUCUACCUUGCUCCUCUGACAACUUGUGGAAAUCUGCCUUUCCGUCGUGUGUGCAAGCGCUUCGGAGCAGACAUCACCUGUGGGGAGAUGGCCAUGUGCACAAACCUGCUGCAGGGGCAGCAGUCAGAGUGGGCCCUCCUGAAACGGCACGAAAGUGAAGAUGUUUUUGGCGUCCAGGUGGAGGGCUGCUUCCCCGACACCAUGACGAGGUGUGCAGAGCUCAUCAACAACAACACUGAUGUUGACUUCGUGGACAUCAACUCUGGAUGCCCCAUUGACCUUGUCUACAAGAAGGGCGGAGGCUGCGGCUUGAUGACACGCACCAGAAAGUUUGAACAGAUAAUCAAGGGAAUGAACUAUGUCCUUGAUGUCCCUUUAACUGUCAAGAUCCGCACUGGUGUUCAGGAGAAGUGCAACAUAGCGCACAAACUCAUCCCAGAGAUGAAGAAAUGGGAUGUCUCUAUGAUCACAUUGCAUGGUCGGUCCAGGGAGCAGCGCUACACCAAGUUGGCUGACUGGGACUAUAUCACCACCUGUUCCAAACUGGCCAGUCCUGUCCCACUUUUUGGUAAUGGAGACAUUCUGUCCUAUGAAGAUGCCAUGAAAGCGAGAGAGACCGGAGUUUCUGGUAUGAUGAUUGCAAGGGGGGCUCUCAUUAAGCCAUGGAUCUUCACUGAAAUAAAGGAGAGCAGACACUGGGACAUCUCGUCCAGUGAGCGACUGGACAUCCUCAGGGAUUUCAGAAACUUCGGUCUGGAGCACUGGGGCUCCGACACUCGAGGUGUGGAGAAGACCCGCACCUUCAUGCUGGAGUGGCUCUCCUUCAUGUGCAGAUAUAUUCCAGUGGGCCUGUUGGAGAGGGUGCCUCAGAAGAUCAACGAGAGACCUCCGUACUACAUGGGCAGGAACUAUUUGGAGUCACUGAUGGCCAGUCAACAUGUUGGGGACUGGGUCAGGAUUAGUGAAAUGCUACUUGGACCUGAAUACAUGGGGUGUUUGUGUGUACUUAAAAUAUAUGCAAUAAAGUCUUUUGCCACACAAAGUUAUUUGUCUUUAUUUUAUUCUGCUUGGUAUUUAAAAUAAUAAGCCAUUAUGAAAUAUCUUUAUGACUAACACAAAAAUCCAAUAGUGCUACGUGAAAUACAUAUAAACUACACAUUAUGUGUAAAAGAAAAAAAGAAAAAUAAGAUGAGUUACUCAUUUUGUUGUGAUAUAAAAUUGAGGUACAGUCGGUGGUCAUAAUUUUACAUUAUGUUAAUGAGAUAUAAAUUACCAGUUUAUUAUGUACAACAGUAAAAUGUUAUGUAAUACAACAGCAAAGCAAUAAUUCCAAUCUGUAUCUAGCAUGUAAUGUGUUUUUUCAGAGUCAGACAAGUGUUGAAUCUACUUUCAGAGAUGAGUAGCGGGUGGCAUAUUGUAUUAAAUAUAUUUAAGUGGUUUGUU